GAGAGUUCCCUAAGCAAGUAGGAUGAAAUUGGGAUCCUAUUUGCUUGGGGUGAGAAUCGAACCCAUUUUACAGAAGGGUUUCCAACCAGCUAGACUAACCUUUAUUUUCAAUUUAUAACAUAGUAGUAGUAUAUAUAUGAACUAUUAAGCUCUAUAUCUUCACACAUUAAGCCAAGGUGAAAAAGGUGCUAAGUAGCUUGUAACAAUAAUUGAGAGAAGGAAAAAAAAAAACCGAUUUUAAUCGAGAAUGAAUCCCUUUGGUUCUCCAAUUACUGAUCAAACCUUGAAACAAAUGUCAAAGUAUAGAGGCAAAGAAAUAACACAAGAAGAUAGAGCGAGAGAGGCAAUGAGAUUGAUCCAUGCCGAAGACAAGAACAUUAGCGCUCUUGAACAUGUGCUCGGUCUUAAGUCCGGCUAUGGUAACGGAGUUUGCACAUUAUGCCUUGUGUAUAAUGGUACCGGGGAUACCCUUAAACUUGUAGAAAAGAAGGAUUGGUUGGGUUAUGUCUAUAAGGAGAACCCACCCAAUUCCUUUCAAAACGGUCAGUGGCUCGCCUUCUUACACGCCCACCCAACAUCACAGGCUUAUGGCUCGGAAGCUGCUCGGGUGUAUCGCGGUAAGAACAUCAAAGGAGAGGUUCGUGACUACAUGAUAGCUUGGUGCACCCCUUGGAGUACCAGCCAAAACUCGGCUUAUACUGAGGUUCGUGAAGAAGGUCACUUUCCACAGUACUGGGAUUAUAUCAAAUCUAGUCUGCUCGAAAGGGCUAAUAAAAUCACAGUAGAUGAUGAGAGCGACAAAAAUUGUGCAUCAGCUGUGAGUAUUGGUGGCAUCACUUCACCCGAAUUCAUCGCAGUACUGAAGCACAAAUUUACUCCAGAGCCAGCGAAAAAAUGAAAAUAAGAUGGGAUUUAAAGAUCUUAAGUUAUCAGGACUUUUCAUAUUUGUCUGUCUUAAUGUAAUUUUUCUUUGAUCUUUGUCUGUUUUUAUGUAUUGUUUCUUAAUGAGUUCCAGCAAUAGUACGUAAUAAAUAGAAACAAUUGUUGUGUGAAACUAAAGUCUUUCUGUUAGAGUCUAUGUGAAUGUUGUUUUACAAACAAAGAAUGUUAAAGCAUUCAUUGGAGGUCUUAUAAAGAUAAUGUUGUGGUUCUAUA